UAAUGGCCUAGAACGCACGCUUGGACUUGGCUUCAAUGUUCAACCUUAGACUACAGAUAAAUACCGUUUGGACAUUCAAGCAUUCAUCAUCUUGAGCAACAAGAAUAUUUGAAGCAUUCCUCUUGGCAGCAGAAAGUUGUAAAUCCAAAUAUCCACAAACAUUUUUCGCCUGCUAUAACUCCUGAUUUCAUGUCAUCCCUGAGUGCCAAUGACCUCCACAAGAUUUUCACAAAACUGGAUAAAAAUGGCGAUGGGCUAAUAAGCAUUGAUCAAGUCAAGUGGCUAUUAGAGAGAAUUGGAUUCCACACUACCCUUGAGGAGCUGCAAAGACUGGUUGGACCAACAACAAGUCUUGAUUCAAUUGAGUUUUUCAUUUUCUAUGAUAUUGUUGUCAAGAGCAACAUUGGCAGAAGCAAUCAAACAAACAGCUUUGAUGGAGAUCUAGCUGAAGCUUUCAAGGUGUUUGACUUAAAUGGAGAUGGAUUCAUCUCUUGUGAGGAAUUGCAGAAGGUUUUGUCAAGAUUUGGAUUGUGGGAUGAGCGUGAAGGCCGGGAUUGUAAGAGCAUGAUUAACAUUUUUGAUACAAACUCGGAUGGAUUGCUUGAUUUUGAGGAGUUCAGGACUAUGAUGGUUUCCAGUUCUUGAUGAUCAGAAAAUUAAUUAGUAAUUGUUUCUUCCUACCGCUAUAGAAAUCUUAUCAUUUCAUUCUAUGCGUGCGUACAUAAAUUAUUGUGAUUUUGAGAUGAAUUUCAUUGCACUAAGAUUUAAUGAACCAAUGUGUUCUUUGGUUGCU